AUGCCUGAGACCCGAGGAGAGUGGAGGUGUGGUAUGACUCCUGGGGGUGGCUUGAUUCAGACUCUGGUCCACCAGAUCCACAAAGGCCGUGAAACCACAGAUCACAACAAGAGUGGCCUCCUGGAGCCUGCAGCUGGGCUUAGCCUUCUCAUUCAAACCCCGGGACUCCUCUGCGCCCCUUCCCUAAGGGAACUCUUGGCUGCUUCUCCACAGGCAAUAGGGGUCCAGCCCUAUGAGUUUGGUCCUCUGAUGCCCAUACUUGAACUCCCUAACCAUCUCUACUUCACCACUCCCAUGCCAGGUUGGAGACAGGAGCAAGAAGAAGCUUACUGUUUUCCCAGGCUUCUCACAGGGAAAGAAGGAAGCUCAUCACAAUGGCUUGAGUUUUCCAGACCCCACCUGUUACAGACUGAAUGCUUAUACUCUCAAAAUGCACAUGUUGGAGACAGCCCCAGCAUGAUCUUUAAAGGAACCCAGCAAGAUAACCGAUAUGAAAGUUCUUUGAAAACUAUAAAAAGGGAACUAAUUUUAAAGUCUUACUUUAAGAAGAAUCAGAUGUUCUUCGUAGGAGCUCAAGGGGACACAGCUGAACUUGAGGAAGGAGAAGGUGGUGUUCAGCAAGAAACAAGUGCUCUUGAACAGAAAUCCACUGCAAAAGGAGAGGAAAUGAUGAAAAAUUACGGAGGAAUGAUUAUCUGCAACAAGAUGAAAUGACAUCAAGAUUCAAGUAGUCUGUUGGAACCCAGAAGCUUCUGCCUGGGGUUCGGUAAAUACCUACUCUCCCUCCAGAUCUUGAAUCGGCUCCUGGACUGAGUAUGUUGUCAAGUCUGCUCAUGGUUGCAGGGUUUAGAGACCCCGGCUGCAGUUUCACCCACAGAGUGGCAGUGGGGCAGACAAGAGGAAGCUGGGUCUUCUCUUGGAGGGGAUGCACCACAUUGUGCAUCUGCAGUGGAGCCAAACCAAACUAAGCAACUCAUUGCGAGCCGAAGGAUAAGAGGAACCAUUUUGAGAUUCCUGCCAAGCACACUCUGUUGUUAUGAAUUUUCUUUCCUUGGUGAUAUAUCAGGGGAGAAAACACUUAUAAAGAGACUUGAUCUUGCAUCAGAAUAGUAGUAUGAAAAAGCAAAAUGAAAAGGGAGACACAUUGAGAGGGAAGAUGGGGUGGAGAAUAUGCUUUCUCCUUUGGAAAAGAGUUGUAUGUUUUUUAAAAAUGGACUGUGAAAAGUGUAACUAUUCUAGCUCUUACACAAGGAGCAGUCACUGCAGGAGGGAGUUCACAAAGACCAAAUAAAGGAUGCUUGGUCUCUAGAGCUAACUGGGUCCGCUCCCUGUGAGAGCCAGGCUGGAGACAACUGUAGGGAGAGGCCCUUUCUUCUCUUCGAUUCUUAUUUAAUUUUUUUUACAAAGCCUUUUAUUAUGAAAAUUUCCAAACAUUCAAAUGAAGGGAGAUGGACCCUCCACGUGCCUGUCUCAGCUCCAGCAGCUAUCACUACACCUCCCCCUCCUGAAAACCACAGUUCCUGCUGGAUUUUUUUGAAGUUAAUCUCAGACAUUGUGAGAAUUCAUCUACAAUCUCAAAGAAAGCAGAAUUUUAAAAAGCAAAU